GCCCUCGGGCGUCAUCACGUGACCGGCCUUUGUCCGGACAUUCGGGUGACGGAAGCUACACCGGAGAAACCAAAAGCGGGCGAGAAGUGGCGCCGAAACGGGCGAGCACCCGAAAAAAAUAAGUGGUGUGUUGGCCUUCAUGCACACAGCCAUACAGCUUGCAGAGCAGGUGGGGGACCCGAGAAGAGGAUCAGGGCUGCUCUGUGCAAAACCAUUGCACAGGGCAGUUCAGGGAAACAGCUGAUAGGAGAAGAAAGAAGAGCUAAUCGGUGUACUUCUUCUCCUUUUAUUGUCCAGUCGCAAGGUGAGGAAAAGAUGUGAAAGUGAAACUGCAGCAGAGGAAGAGAAGGUGCUGUUGGCAAAAUCUCAGGACUGAAUGGACAAAUUAAAUUUCUUUGGCAGUGCCCUCCAAAGGAUGGAUUUUUCUUCACAUCAUACUCGUCUUCUGCAGCAGUUGGAUGAGCAAAGAAAAAGGGACUUGUUUUGUGACUGUCACAUCACAGUAGAAGGGCAGACAUUUAAAGCUCAUCGUAAUGUUCUGUUCGCAAGCAGCGGAUACUUCAAAAUGCUACUGUCCCAAAGUUGCAAGGAUGUCAGCAAACCCACAACUGCCACUUUUGACGUAUUUUCUGCUGACACUUUCACUGCCAUCCUGGAUUAUGUGUAUUCUGGCAAAUUGCCUCUGUCUGGGCAGAACGUCAUCGAGGUCAUGUCAGCAGCUAGUUACUUGCAGAUGACUGAUGUUAUCAGUGUAUGUAAGAUGUUUAUUAAAUCAUCACUAGACAUUAAUGAAAAAGACAGAGAUGGCUUCUUUAGCCUGUCUGACAAAGACAAUGGCAGCAAUGGCACUGGACUGUAUGCGGCAGGAUGGAGGACAGAAUACAGUCCAACGCACAUUCAUGAAGCUGCAGAGCACAGUGGCUUUAUUGCAGGAUACAAUUACCCUCCUCCUAUCACUUCACGGUUACAACGGCCUUUUACUAAACAUUCACGCAAACCAGAGCAUGUUCGCAAGCACCGCAGACGCUUGAUGCCAGAGCCCCUAACAUCUGCAUGUCUAACAUCGGUGCCACUAGGUGAUCUUGUGGGUGGCACUGCUGAAUGCAUUGUUCAUGAAGAUGAGAGCACACUUCAGGAAGAAGAUUCACAACCACCUGAAGAUAUGGUGUGCCCUAAAGUUGAAGAAGAGGAAGAAGGUGAUACAGCACAAAGCUGGCCGGAAUCACCCCAGCAUGGAGAAUCUGGGGACCAGGACGGCAUACCACGGGUUUCAAAGGCAGAUGAACUGUACAAAGCAAUGCCAACCAUCUUGGGUGUCAUGUCUGGUUGGAGUGAAGAUGACUUAAGUCCUGUAAGAUUUAAAUGUCCCUUCUGUACACAUACUGUAAAGCGCAAAGCUGAUCUUAAACGUCAUCUGCGUUGUCACACUGGAGAGCGCCCUUAUCCAUGUGAAGCAUGCGGGAAAAGGUUCACACGGCUGGAGCAUCUGCGCAACCAUUUCCAAACUAUACAUGAAGCUGGUAAACUUAUCUGCCGUCGCUGCAAGCUCCCGGUCACCGAGUUGACCGGGCGAGUAAUUCAGGAUGGGACAAGAAGAUAUCGUCUUUGUCACCCAUGUCUAUCAGAAGCUGGUUUGGAUAGUGUCAGCUUUGAUUUUGGGGAUGAUCAACCACUGGUGCUCCCACCUGAGAAUGAGAGGGAGCAAGCCUGGAAUUUCAAAGACGAUGUGAAAGAUGAAAAUAGCAAAGAUCGUCAAGAAUCCGAUCUGGUUAUUCAGGAAGUAGAAGACAGCGAAGAGGAAGAUGUAAAAUCUCAAAUAACAUAAAUGCUAGAAGUGGGGAGUGGACUUUGCUAUUCUUUGUGUACAGAAUAUUUCUGGGAGUGAGAUGGUGAUAUACUUAGUAUAGUGGUUUUAUCUAUGUACACAUUUGUUUUUAUUGACAUUUGUGCACCAUCACACUUUAUUUAGCAGCUGAUAUGUUGCCUUUUACUGAGUGACAUUUCAUUAGCUGUAUCUGCAUUCAUAUCAAUCAUGGCUGCUGUAGCACUUCAUCUGUAAAUAUGUAACUUUUUAUUUAGCUCUUGCAUACUCUGAAACGUUUUCAUGGCUGCAAGAAGCUGCCUUGCUGUAAAAUACAUAUGUUCAUAUUUGAAGCUUUCCAUAUAUUAUGUGAUGUUAAAUAUUUCUGAAAGUUUGUGUUAUGAAGGACUAUAAAUUUUACAUACAUCCCGUGUAUUGUAAAUGCUAAUCAUUACCCUGCUAGCCUCUGCCAGCAAUUAAAUUGUUUUACUUCUUCAUCAAACAACUAAACCAA